CCGCGAGCAGACUCUACCAUCUCCAGUGCAGAUACAGCUGUAAGGUCGAGAGCCAACUCUGAAGCCACUAAUGCCCCGGCCAAGAUGGAGUACGAUGAUGUUUCGGUGGCCGAUGCCUUGAAUCCCGACCCUCGAAACGAACAGGACUUCAUAGUGCCAGACAAUAAGUUCGCCUUCUCUCCAGGACAAUUGAACAAGAUGCAGAACCCUAAAUCUUUGGCUGCGUUCCAGGCACUUGGAGGCAUGCAGGGAUUGGAACGAGGACUGCGGACAGAUCUGACAUCUGGUCUGUCGGUCGAUGAGACUCUCUUGCAGGGUUCGAUCAGUUUUUCGGAAGCGACUUCCCCUGACUAUGCCUCUUUCAAAGAAACCGCUCCUCCAAACAUUGACGCCCUGAUUACAGAGUCCGGUACGCAAUUCCAAGACCGCAUAGGCGUCUUCUGUCAGAACAGACUGCCUGCUCGGAAGUCAACGGGAUUCUUGAAGCUGUUUUGGCAAGCCUACAACGACAAGAUCAUCAUCUUGUUAACGAUAGCUGCUAUCGUGUCGCUGUCCCUUGGUAUCUAUGAGACUACGAGCGAAGGUAGUGGAGUGGAUUGGAUUGAAGGAGUGGCGAUUUGUGUGGCUAUUCUGAUAGUCACUAUUGUGACUGCCGCAAAUGACUGGCAGAAGGAAAGACAGUUUGCUAAGCUGAAUAAACGUAACAAUGAUCGAGAAGUCAAGGCUGUUCGAUCUGGCAAGGUCUCCAUGAUAUCGAUACACGAUAUCACAGUUGGUGACAUUCUUCAUGUCGAGCCGGGCGACGCCAUUCCUGCGGACGGGGUUCUCGUCUCGGGUCAUGGCAUCAAAUGUGACGAGUCCUCCGCUACAGGAGAAUCUGACCAGAUGAAGAAGACUGAUGGAUAUGAAGUCGGGCGGUUGAUCUUAAAUGGGAAGGCUACGAAGAAGCUUGACCCGUUCAUGAUCUCGGGCAGCAAGGUGCUUGAAGGUGUCGGUACCUACUUAGUCACGAGUGUCGGGCCGUACUCAACCUACGGCCGGAUCUUGCUGUCUUUGCAGGAAUCGAAUGAUCCGACACCUCUUCAAGUCAAGCUGGGUCGACUUGCUAAUUGGAUCGGCUGGCUAGGCUCAGGUGCUGCGAUUAUCUUGUUCUUCGCUCUGUUCUUCAGGUUCGUGGCGGAUCUAUCCCAUAACACUGGAACGCCUGCGGCCAAGGGCAAGGAGUUCGUCGACAUCCUCAUUGUUGCUGUUACCGUCAUUGUCGUUGCGAUUCCUGAGGGUCUGCCGCUUGCUGUAACUUUGGCACUGGCAUUUGCCACAACCCGAAUGGUCAAGGAGAACAACCUUGUGCGCGUCCUCCGUGCCUGUGAGACAAUGGGAAAUGCAACAGUUAUUUGCUCCGACAAGACCGGGACCCUUACCCAGAACAAGAUGACUGUUGUGGCAGGGACCUUGGGCUCGAAGAGUUUCAAGCAUACCCCAGGCGAGGAACGCUCAUCUGACGUCUCAACUCCUGCUGAGUUUUUCAAGCAUUAUUCAGGCAAGCAGCGGGAUCUCAUCCUUCAUAGCAUCGCCUUGAACUCUACUGCUUUCGAGGAAGAGAAGGAUGGGUCUAAGGAGUUCAUCGGCAGUAAGACCGAGGUGGCUCUGCUGCAAAUGGCCAAAGAUCAUCUCGGCCUGGACGUUACUGCAGAGCGUGCCUCUGCGGACGUUGUCCAAUUGAUCCCCUUCGACUCUGCACGUAAGUGCAUGGGGGUUGUCUACCGGGAACCUACGAUGGGUUAUCGCCUCCUUGUCAAGGGCGCUGCUGAGAUAAUGGUCGGCUCAUGCACGACUCAGAUGGUCGAGGCAGACUCUUCUCACGGCCAUAUCUCCACCGAUGCCUUGCACGAGGGAGACCGAAGGGUUAUUCUAAACACAGUCGAAGCUUACGCAGGUCAGUCCCUACGGACGAUCGGACUAGUGUACCGCGACUUCCCAAGCUGGCCGCCGAAAGACGCCCGGUGCUUGGAAGAUGAUCCUGAAUCUGCUAGGUUCGAGGAUGUUUUCCGCGACAUGACCUGGAUCGGGGUUGUGGGCAUCCAGGAUCCUCUCCGACCCGAAGUGCCCGCUGCCAUCCAAAAGUGCCAUGCGGCAGGUGUACAGGUGAAGAUGGUCACUGGUGACAACAUUGUAACCGCCAGUGCGAUAGCUUCGUCAUGUGGAAUCAAGACAGAGGACGGCAUUGUCAUGGAAGGACCCAAGUUUCGUCAGCUUUCUGACGAGGAAAUGGAUCGAGUGAUUCCUCGUCUUCAGGUGCUAGCUCGCUCGUCACCCGAGGAUAAGCGGAUUCUGGUGGCACGGCUCAAGAAACUAGGCGAGACUGUCGCCGUCACCGGUGAUGGUACUAACGAUGGGCCAGCCUUGAGAACAGCUGAUGUCGGCUUCUCCAUGGGAAUUGCUGGAACAGAAGUCGCGAAGGAAGCCAGUUCGAUCAUCCUUCUAGACGACAAUUUCAAGUCCAUUGUCACCGCCAUUGCAUGGGGCCGGGCUGUCAACGAUGCUGUCGCCAAGUUCCUUCAGUUCCAGAUCACGGUCAACAUCACAGCUGUGGUCUUGACCUUUGUUUCGUCCUUGUACAGCAGCGAGAACAAGAGCGUUCUGAACGCGGUGCAGCUGCUCUGGGUCAACUUGAUUAUGGACACUUUUGCAGCUCUUGCCUUAGCGACUGACGCCCCAACGGAGAAGAUUCUCAACCGCAAGCCUGUUCCCAAGAGCGCAUCACUAUUUACAGUGAUCAUGUGGAAGAUGAUUCUCGGCCAAGCUCUCUAUCAGCUGGCCAUCACCUUCAUGCUUUACUUUGGUGGAAACCAGAUUAUCGGGUCGCGACUUGGAACCCACGACCCGCAAACGGUGCUCAACACUAUCGUGUUCAAUACCUUUGUGUGGAUGCAGAUCUUCAAUGAAUUUAACAACCGACGACUGGACAACAAGUUCAACAUCUUCGAAGGCAUGUUCCGCAACUACUGGUUCCUGGGAAUCAACUGCAUCAUGGUCGGCGGUCAAAUCAUGAUCAUUUUCGUGGGAGGAGAGGCUUUUGGCGUGACCCGUCUCGAUGGGAUCCAAUGGGCCAUUUGUAUUAUUUGUGCGCUCGGCUGCCUCCCAUGGGCGGUUGUUCUCCGUACGGUCCCCGAUGGGCCAUGCGAAGUUGCUCUCAACUUUGUCGUCCGAUGCAUGAAUUUUAUCUUCAAGCCCAUCGGCCGUGCUAUGAGUCAUCUUGCGGCCAUGAUUCGCUCUUGUCUGCGACCGGUUAAAAGAACAGCCCAGCGUGUUGUGAAGCGCGGUGGGAAGGAAGAGCAGGACACUAACACUGAUGCCUUGCCCGACGAGGAGGCAGGAAGGGUGUCGUUGCACGAGUUGAAGAGAGAGCAGACGCCGGAGGCGCCUGUUACAUCAAUUCCGGUGCCUCCAAUUACUAUUACGACUUCUUGAUGAUUUGUAUGAUGUUUAAUUAGCGGGUUUUGAGCUUCUGUAUAUAUGGGUAUACAGCGAUUAAGCAUGCGUGGGUAUGCAGAUAGUGCAUGGAGUUGGUGGCUUUUUGUUAGAUUCGAAACAAGCAGUAUAUGUACAUUAGAUAAAUAUAAUCCCCAG